AAAAAAAAAUAAGAAGAGCAGCAACAACUAAAAAGUUGCUUCGCAAGAAAUUUGUACGUGUAUCAUCAGCGUGUGUGUGUGUGUUGUGUUUGCAUGUGUAUAGUCUGUGUAAAAAAAGUGUAUGAAAUAAAAGUAAAGUAAAGUAAAGUGAAAAGCAAUGCCAAAAGGAAUUACAAGAGCAAGAAUUGUAGAAGACCCCAGCAACGGCCCUACACAGAUAUUCCCAUACAUGCACAAAACGUGAAAUAACAGUAAAAGUCUUUUCGAAAAGCUUCAGCGAGAGAGAGAGCUACAAAAAGAAGGAGGAGGAGGUGGGAAGACGCGUUGGUUUCAACAUUGACAUCGCACGCACACACGCUAAAGAAAGAAGGGAUUGAAGGGAGAAGGAAACAAAGGCAACGUCCAACAGGCCACUCGGCUUUACAAUUGAGCAUCACAUUUUCAAGGGCUCCUUUCGCAAAGCGCGCGCGCGCUCUGUUUGAAUUUUAAAAAUUGGAGCCACAAUGGAACCCAAUCGACAUUAUGAAUAUCAAACGCAUCAUCAUCAAUCCCAUAUCCCACUACAACAUCAGCAUCAACACCAACAUCAGGUUGUGCAUUCGCAUCCACAACAUACAGUGCAUAGCAACCACAUACAACACCAUCAGCAUCAGCAACAAUCGGCAGCAACAGCAACUGCUCCCCCACCACUACCACCGCCACCACCACAACAACAGCAACAACACCACCUUCAACCGCUUCCCCACCAACAUCAAGCGAUUGUCAAUAGCUCUACCUUCAGCAGUUCUUCAAUUGGUUACCACAAUUCACAGCGAACGGAUGCGGAGCGAUCCCGUGCCGCCACUUAUGUGAUGAACGCUCGCUGUGUUGCUGGUGGUGGCGGUGGUGGUGCAGCAGCAUCUGUAAUGCCACCCAUAGGUGCUGCUGCUGCCGCUGCAUUGGGUGGCGAUCCGCAUUUACAAUACUACACCUCCAAUCGCGAAUUGGGUGUGGGUGAGAGAUCAACAGAGCCGCCGUCAUCUCAUCUCUGUUGGCAGUAUAAGACGGAGCAGGAAACAUCACCAACUGGAGCUGCGCCAGCUCCUGCACCCGCGCCCAUGGCACGUCAUCACAGUAGCGCCAUGUACAACGCCGCACCCCACUGGCCGCCGCCCCAAGAGGAACAGCAGCAGCCAUCGCAUCUGGUGCACCAGCAGGACCAGCAGUCGCGAUAUGGGUACAGCAGCAAGUCACAGACGCCAACACAUCGAAGUGCAAUCAGCAGCAGCAGCGGGAACGGGAGCAAUCACCGCUAUUAUGAGGACAACAACAUCAAAUACUCAAGUGCAGUGCCGGGCCAAGGGGCCAAGGUAUUGAGCUAUGCGCCCGCAGUUGGCAGUGCCUCCUCCACCUCCUCGCAGCAGCAGCAGCAACAGUUGACUGCACGCUCCUCUCGUUACGAUCAGUUGGAGCAUGUGGUGAAUCCCACAAAUGUGCUGCUUGGCACCAGUGAUCAGCAGCCCAGUCCCAAUUAUGCGCGCAAGUGUCCGCAGCAUUAUGAUCCGCCAACGGAACAGCAUAGCGCUGCAGCGCCUGUCACGCCCUCAGCUAUCAGUCACCAUAUGCAGCACACCCAACAACAACAACAGCAACAACAUCAGAGCUUGUACAUGCCCUCAAACUUUCAGAACACGAUGCACAAUGCCAUUGAGAAAUAUGUGCGAGAAACGGGUCCAUCGCCUAGUUUGGAUUAUAGACGCAGUGGCGCCAAUUAUUCACGGCCCACAGUCAGCUUUUAUGGCAAAGCAAAAGCACCAGGUGUUGGUGGCAGCAGCAGCAGCAACGCAUAUGUCAAAUUGGAGUCGGAGACACCGGCUUUGGCACGUUCCUCGCUCUAUCAUAAUCCGUACAAUCCGCCCACAGCAGCACCACCGGAGAAGGAGCAGUCAGCGUCCGCAAUCAGCUCACGAGGCUCGUCGCCCGCUGCACCACUAAUCUUUCCUACCAAGUAUGGCAAACUGUUGCAGCAGCAUGCUGCACCGACGCCAACCGCACCACAAAUACUUCCAUCUGGUGCUGCCUUUCAGCAUCGCAGUUCCUCCAGCUCCACUUCGAGCCAUGCCUCAUAUUAUCACCAUGGCACGCCAUCCCCAGCAGCUGCUCAGGUGGCUUCUCCCACGCCCGCUGCACAGCAGCUGUAUACUCAUACACCGCCACCGGCGUGCAGCGGCACAGCGUCCACCUCGAAUUAUUCAAUGUUGCAGGUGUAUCCACACGGACCGGACAUCUGUUGUCACCAGCCAGCGCCAGUGGCUUCCAAACCGGCGUUGACGGCUGUGCCGAGGAAAACCAAUUCCUCAACAGCCAAGCCCAAUUAUCGAGCGCUAAUCAAUGACAUGUUGAAGAGGAAUACGACCAGCGAGGAAGAGCGCAAUCUACAGAUCAUCAAGAAGACCCUCAAUAUGGAGACGCCCGACAUUCAUUUAGCAUUAAUACCCACCACUAGCCGGCAAUCGCCAAGUGCAAUAAACAUAGCAGUUCCUACUAUGCCAGCACCAGUUAUCCAACAACAGAUGCAACGACCCUUGCCACCACCCGUUCCGCCUGCCACCUACUCUCCGCUUGAUCUGUCCAUGCGCACAGUCAAGCAAACAGCCGACUCGACCGAUUAUAAAUAUCAGGGCAUCAUGCCGGAGUCCAAACCCACUGCCUCGCCCCAGCCCGUCACUGUAACGGGUGGAGGUCAGGGUCUUGGUCUGGGUCUGCCGCGAUUUGAUAUAACGCCAAAUUUCGCGCGCAGCACCAGCAGCAGAGCUGCAUCAAGUACAGCAGCCGCAACGGCUGUCAUACGCCAGGCGCCUGCUAGUGUUGCCGCGGCUGCCGUUGCUGCACCAGCCGAUGCCACGCCCAUGCUGAUUAAGGCGGCGCAACAGUUGCGACCCAGCGUAGUAGAAACGAAUCCGUAUGCCAAGCGACCGCAACUGCCGCCCGAGACGACAAUCAGUAACAUCGAGACCUCGCCUAGUCCACUCACUGCUGGCACAACAACGACGACGACGAGCAACAACAGUCAUGUGCCGAGCGCUGGGACUAGUGUCCACAACAGCAGCAAUCCCAACUAUUUGGGACGGAAACGGCAUCUCCAAGAGUACAAUCAGGCAACGGCUGCUGCAGAGGCAGCUGCGGCCGCAGCGAAACAGACGCGUCUGGAAUCACCUCAGCCAAAGGGGGCCAUGGUUGCCUCAGUGCCGGUUAUUGCCAUCAAUGAGCAGGCACUGGCAGCCAAGCGACUUGAGCUGCCGGCAACGGGUUCGAGUCAAGGCCGCAUCAUUGUUGGUCCACAGCCCAGCCAGGAGCCGGUUGUGCGGCCGAAGCCGGAGCCACGGAUUCGCACAAAGGCCGAGCUCAAGGGAUUCACAUUUACGCCACCAGUGCUGGCUCCUACUAUUUUCACGACAACAACAGCUGCUGCAGCACCCGUAUCAGGUGCAAGUGAAUCCACAACGAGCGUUCCAGUUCUGCCACCUACUUUACAUCCUCCCAGUCAUUUGAUGAUCAAUCACAUACAAAUCAAAACGGAACCAAUGGCCACGCCGGAGCUCGAUCUGGAUCUAGAGCUGGAUGUGAAGCCAUCAAGUUUUAAUAGCAACAGUCUAUUGGAUUGGGGCAGUACCUGCAACAAUCUGGUGGAGCAGCUGCUCAGCAAAGUGAUGCCCGUCAAGGUAGCACCUGCAUCUGCGAACGAAAGCUUAACACCUGCUCUGUCUCAGUCUUUGCCUCUGUCUCCACUGCCUCUGCCUCUGCCCUCAAGCAGUAUCAAACUGGAACUUAGUGAGGAUGAUCUGCCUGUGGCGCGCAUCCUUAAGCGACAGCCGGCACUGGUGGAUGUCGAGUCGGCGGCAACUACAACCACACAGGUGACAAACACAACCAUCGGCGCUCAGAAGAAACUGAGCAAGACAGAUCGCGAAAAGAAGCGAAUUGUGCAGGAGCAGCGGAUAGCAGCACGAUUGGCACCAGCGGCGGGCCAGAGCAGCAGCUCCGAGAGCGAUACGACGGAGCUGCACAAGCGGAAGACGGCCAGGCAAAAGAAGCCGCUUAUGAUGCGCAAGGGCAAGGUGCGCCGUGCCGAGGACAAGAAGCAAUUGAAGCACCGGGAACAGCAGGGCAGCGACGAGGAACAGGAGCAGGAUGGUGUUAGCAAUAGCUCUAGCGAGGCAAAGAACAAUACGAUAAGUCUAAUGAAAACGAGAAUAGCCAUAGCUACUGAAAACAUAGUGCAAUAUGCGGGCGGGAAGUGCAAAGCUAAAAAGAAGAGCGUAAAUGCAAGAUGCGAAAAGGUGGAACAGAAAUUGGAAGGGGAAGAUGACCAGGAGGAUAAGAGUAACUCGAGCAGCUGCAACAGCGAUGUUAAGGAGAAGCAGCACCAGCAGGAGGAAGACGAUGAUGACGAUGACGAUGAAGAUGACGACGAGCGGAGGCAGGAUGCGGGCGCCGCUGCAAUGCUAGCGAAAGAGGGCAAAAAAGCGGAUCAAGUGGGUAUCAAGCGCAAGGCAAACGCCUCAAACUUGCGUGCGAAUGCUCAAUUAAAGAAUCGGAUUGCACUGAACACCAUGACACGAUCGAAGCGGAAAAAGGAACUUGAGCUCCAGCUGGCCAAUAGCAAAGUGCUUCGCAACGAGAAAAUCAUUCGGAACUCAACGACCAAGAUCAAGCGGAAAUAUGUGCGGAAAAUGGUGCCCGAUGGUGGUGGCAAGAAGGAGCUGAUGAUGAGCACCCGGUUGCGCAACAAGCGUGCUUCAGUCGUCGAUCUGACCCAGCUAAAUGGACGUAAGAUUCAAAACAAACCAGGCGGCGCGUCCAGCACGCCGAACAGCAGCACCAACAAAGGCAACAAGACAAAUACAUCGCCGCAGCAGCAACUAAUUCUGGAAGAGUACCGUUAUAAGGUGGCGCUGAAGAUACCGCAACGUUUGAUCUCCAUGAACAAGCUGAACAAGUUGCCGCAGAUGGCUGCCUCUUUGCCGGAUUUGGAGCGUGGCCGUGACUUCCGCCAGGAGUUGGCCUGCUUUAAGCCGAUCUGUGGUCGCAAGCCGCGAACCAAGCAGCAGCAAAAGCAGCAUCAACAACAAAAGCAGCAGCAGGAAAAGGCAAUGCCCAAAUCAAUCAUCGACGUACUUCAUCUGCGUGUCACCAGCAACAACAGCAGCAGCAGCCAUCAGGGAAACAAGAACAACGCAUCAUCACAUCCAUCAAAUUGCUCCGCUAGCCUGCACAACUACAGCGAAACCUCACAGACCUCCGCCUCGAAUUCGUUAUACGAGGCGCAUUCGCAGGAGGCGGCGGAUCCCAGCUUGGAGGACACAAUGGGCAAGCGGCACUUUAGCAUAUUCGACACGAAAGUGCUGCAGAGCAAGACGCGCACCGAGUCCAAGUUGCAGCAACGGCGCGAAGUCAUCCGCGAAAUCUUUGUUGGCACGGAUCCACGUCCAGCAUCGGCGCCACCGGAGUGUGCACAGGAUCAGGCGGGCGGUGAGGAGUACUCUGCAUUGAGCUAUCAACAUUACGAAGACUUUCUAGAGCAAAUGAAUCGCAUUGUCAGUGCCAACAACAACAAGUUGGCCAGGCACAGCAUCACCAACGAUAAGACAAAUCACCACACUGGAAAAACAGAUUCACCCACCACAACAACAACGAGCACAGUACAUUGUGCCCACAAACGAAAGUACUUGCGUCGCAAGGGCAGCUCCGGCUUUGAUUAUAUACGCAAAAAGAAGAAAUCUACCCAGCAGCAUCACCAGAGCAGCAGCGCCAAUAGCACAACAAUCAGUACCACCCUCGCUGCCAAGACAGCCGGCGAGCAAGUGACGCCCUUGUUGACGACAGGGGUUGCCUGGACAUCGGCGACGGCAGCAGAUGCUGCUGCAGAUGAACGCUUGGAUGAUACAGACAGCACCAUAGCGGGCAGUACGUCCCACUUGCCGAUCAAGAUUAAAACGGAGAUGGACGUGUGCCGCGAAAUACAGAAAUGGGUACUCAACAAGGGUGUGGGUCAGAGCACAAUGCAUAAAGCGGCGCGUCAGGGACUCAUCGAUGUGGUUGUUUACUGUCUGGAUCGCAUGGGCAUGAAUCCGGAUCAAAAGGACAACGCCGGCUAUACGCCGCUGCACGAGGCUUGCACCCAGGGCUGGCUGGAGAUUGCACGGAUUCUCUUGCAAUUCGGUGCCAAUCACUCGGAGGCCGCUCAAUCCGGCAUUCGACCAUUGCACGGUGCCAUAGAAAAUGAUCAUGAGGAGGUGGUACGUCUCCUAUUGUCAUAUGGCGCUGACCCAUUGCUGGCAACAUACUCAGGCCAAACACCACUCAUGUUAGCUUCAAGCAAAUUGAUGUGCAGCAUUCUGCGUUCGCAUCUCAGCGAUGCACAAAGUGCGGCCGCAGAUAUAAAACCGAUGCGAUUUCUGGGACCAUGGGAGUUAUUUAAUGAAAAGGAAUACGGUUUUGAUAUAUUCGAUAGUGUACCGAAGACAGCAUGUGAUAUGAGCAGAGCUCAACUUAGAGAAAGGAGGAGGCAAAAACGCAACCAAGGCGACAACGAGAAUCAUCCAGCAAAGCACAAAACCAACAGCAAUAGCAGACACAACACAAAUAAUUCCAACGGAUUAUUACAGACAAAGGCGGAUAGCAAAGAAAUAAUUAAUCAAAAUGGGGAGAUAUGUGGAAAGACUGCAACAACAACAACAACAACAGCAACAAUAAUGUUCAAAAUAGAGCCUGGAGCGGGAUUGGAGGAUACCAAUAACAACAAAAACAAUGAUAUUAAUGUUGAGCAAAAUGUAACGGGUGUUGUGAACGGAAAAAAUGAGGUUAAACAGGAACCCCAGGAUGAUGACGAGAAUAUGAAUAUAGAAAAUAACGAGAUGAAUGAUGAUGAUCAUAUUGAAAAUGAUGAUAGUGAUGUAGGAGAGACGUUAUCGGAUGAAUUGAAUAGUGAUAUUUUUAAAUUUGAAGAGGCCGAUGUGCCCCUACCACCACUGUACUUGCUCAAAGAUGAGGGCAGUGAUAAAUGGGUACUCUUAAAUGAUUUGUGCAAUUUACUUAAGGUCAAGUCGAAAGACACGCUGCUUAAUAAGAUCUGUCCAAAUGGCAAUACGCUGGCAACCACACAUAAGCAAUUACUGAGAGAGUUCAAAAUUGAUGAUUUUCUGGAGCAGGCGACGUGCCUGCAGCUGUUGUGUGCCGGUGAGAAGUUGAAUAUGUUUAGCUCCUCAAAGGUUAUGCUUAUCAGAUACAACGAGAGCGUCAAGAAUUUGCUGGGCGUUAAAACAAUUUUAAUGAAAUUUUAAACCGAGUGCGGUUCUAAUUUUAUGUCACUAGAUUAUAUAUAUUCGAAUAUGCUAAAAAAAAAGU